GAAUUGUCAACCUAAAAUUUGUAAAUAAUUAUAAAAAAAGAUUUCAUUCAAAGUUAAUUCGAAAUGGGUCAAUCACUGGAUGUUUAUUAUAGCGGUAUUGACCGCUAUAAGAAUCCAGAUGUAGUUCCAGAUCCUACAAAAGAACCCUCUUUCGAUCCACAAUUGGGCUUCGAGAAUAAAAGGAAAGAAAGAGUUAUGAUAGCAACAGAAGAGGAGAUGAUAUCUGCAAAAGUACCUUUGAAACGUCGAGAUUAUUGUACCCAUUUAUUGAUAGACUUUUAUACCUGUCGAAGAAAUAAUUGGCCUUUGGUUUACAAAUGUGCUCAUGAAAAGCAUGAAUAUCUUAACUGCCAAUAUGAGGAUUAUGUUAUAAGGAUGAAGGAAUAUGAAAGGGAAAGAAGACUCCUUAUCAAGGCUAAAAAAGGUGAAUUGGAAAUUCAACCAUAAUAGUUUAUUAAAUAAAUUUGGGUAGACACAAGUUUUUAGUUUAAUAAAUUGAAAAGAAU